AUGGCUCCUGCUGUUGGUAUUGAUCUGGGUACUACCUACUCCUGCGUGGGUGUCUUCCGUGAUGACCGCAUCGAAAUCAUCGCCAAUGACCAGGGUAACCGUACCACCCCCUCGUUCGUGGCCUUCACCGACACUGAGCGUCUCAUCGGUGAUGCCGCCAAGAACCAGGUUGCCAUGAACCCUCACAACACCGUCUUCGAUGCUAAGCGUCUUAUCGGUCGUCGUUUCCAGGAUGCUGAGGUCCAGGCUGAUAUGAAGCACUGGCCCUUCAAGGUCGUCGACAAGGGUGGCAAGCCCAUCAUUGAGGUCGAGUUCAAGGGUGAGGCCAAGCAGUUCACUCCUGAGGAAGUCUCCUCUAUGGUCCUGACCAAGAUGCGUGAGACUGCUGAGUCCUACCUUGGUGGCACCGUCAACAACGCUGUCAUCACUGUCCCCGCCUACUUCAACGACUCUCAGCGUCAGGCUACCAAGGAUGCUGGUCUCAUUGCCGGCCUGAACGUUCUCCGUAUCAUCAACGAGCCCACUGCCGCUGCCAUUGCCUACGGUCUGGACAAGAAGGUCGAGGGUGAGCGUAAUGUCCUCAUCUUCGAUCUUGGUGGUGGUACCUUUGAUGUCUCUCUCCUGACUAUUGAGGAGGGUAUCUUCGAGGUCAAGGCUACUGCUGGUGAUACUCACCUUGGUGGUGAGGAUUUCGACAACCGUCUCGUCAACCACUUUGUCAACGAGUUCAAGCGCAAGCACAAGAAGGACCUGACCUCCAACGCCCGUGCUCUCCGUCGUCUCCGCACUGCUUGCGAGCGUGCUAAGCGCACCCUGUCCUCUGCUGCUCAGACCUCCAUUGAGAUCGACUCUCUCUUCGAGGGUAUUGAUUUCUACACCUCCAUCACCCGUGCUCGUUUCGAGGAACUCUGCCAGGACCUCUUCCGCUCCACCAUGGAGCCCGUCGAGCGUGUCCUCCGUGACGCCAAGAUUGACAAGGCCUCCGUCCACGAGAUCGUCCUUGUCGGUGGUUCCACCCGUAUCCCCAAGAUCCAGCGCCUCGUCUCCGACUUCUUCAACAAGGACGCCAACAAGUCCAUCAACCCCGAUGAGGCUGUUGCCUACGGUGCUGCCGUCCAGGCUGCUAUCCUGUCUGGUGACACCUCCUCCAAGUCCACCAACGAGAUCCUCCUGCUCGACGUUGCCCCUCUCUCCCUCGGUAUCGAGACCGCUGGUGGUGUCAUGACUGCCCUGAUCAAGCGCAACACCACCAUCCCCACCAAGAAGUCCGAGACCUUCUCCACCUACUCCGACAACCAGCCUGGUGUGCUGAUCCAGGUCUACGAGGGUGAGCGUGCUCGCACCAAGGACAACAACCUGCUCGGCAAGUUCGAGCUUACCGGUAUCCCCCCUGCUCCUCGUGGUGUCCCCCAGAUUGAGGUCACCUUCGAUCUCGAUGCCAACGGUAUCAUGAACGUCUCUGCUGUCGAGAAGGGCACCGGAAAGACCAACAAGAUCACCAUCACCAACGACAAGGGCCGUCUCUCCAAGGAGGACAUUGAGCGCAUGCUUUCUGAUGCUGAGAAGUACAAGGCCGAGGAUGAGGCUGAGGCUUCCCGUAUCCAGGCUAAGAACGGCCUCGAGUCCUACGCCUACUCCCUCAAGAACACCAUUGGCGAGAACAAGCUCCAGAUCAACGACUCCGACAAGGAGACUGUCUCCAAGAAGGUCGAUGAGGUCAUCAGCUGGCUCGACAACAACCAGACUGCUGAGAAGGAGGAGUACGAGUCCCAGCAGAAGGAACUUGAGGCUGUUGCCAACCCCAUCAUCUCCGCUGCCUACGGUGCUGCCGGUGGUGCCCCUGGUGCCGGUGCUCCUGGCGCCGCUCCUCGCACUGCUGACGAUGUCGAGGAGCGCCCUGAGGAACUCGACUAA